AUGCCAUUGUGGACAACAUCGGCCACUUCGAUAACGAGAUCGGAAAAUCUGGAGAAGCUCGCAGGCAUCAAGGUGGAGAACAUCAAGCCGCAGGUUGACCGCUUCGUCUUCCCUAACGGGCACGGCAUCAUUAUCCUGGCAGCUGGGCGGCUGCUCAACCUCGGCUGCGCCACCGGACACCCGUCCUUCGUGAUGUCCUGCUCGUUCACAAACCAGGUCCUCGCGCAGAUUGACCUGCUCCCGGCGAAGGAGAAGGGCUACAAUAACAACGUGUACCUCCCCCCGAAAGAUCUCGACGAAAAGGUUGCAAGCCUGCACCUGCCGGCGCUCGGUGCCCAGCUCACGACCCUCACGAAGGAGCAGGCCGACUACAUCGGUGUGAAGCCCACUGGCCCCUUCAAGCCCGACACCUACCGGUACUAG